GCCAGCGGCAGCGCGGCAGCGUCCGGCAGCAGCAGCAGUGCCGCGGCUGCCGCAGCUGCCGCGCCGCCGCCCAAGCCGGCUCCGGCGCCGCUGCGCCCCAUCCCCUCGGCGCUGCGCCCGCUGCGCUACAUGGGCGUGCCGGCGUCGGUGCUGCGCUGGCAGCCCAAGCUGCCGUCGCGCAACUGGCUCAUCUUCCUCAGCACCUCGGCCACGCUCACCACGCUCUACGUGUACGACCGCCGCGAGGCCAAGGUGGCGCGUGCCGAGCUCGUCGAGCAGGUGCGCCACCUGCGCGAGCAGCCGCUGGCGCCCGCCGAGUGGCCGCGCAAGGUGCACGUCCUCUGCGCAAAGUGCCCCGGCGACGACGACUACGAGAAGAGCGUCAUCUGGUUCAAGAAAUACGUCAAGCCCAUCCUCGUCGCCGCGGCCGUCGACUACGAGAUCACCAACGGCACGCGCUUCGGCGGCCUUGGGCGCGAGGUGCGCGAGCGCAUCUUUGCGCGCCGGCGCCAGCUGCUCGGCCUCGAGGCGUGGGGCACGCAGCCGUCGGGGCCCGGCGCGUCGCCGUCGGACCCGCCGGCGCAGGCGCAGCUGCUGCAGCACACGCCCUUCGCCCUCACGCCGCAGGCGGCGCUGCAGCGCGAGCUCGACGGCGGCAUCAUCCUCGUGGGCCGCCCGGCGUACAAGGAGUACAUGUGGGGCCUGCAGCAGGGCUGGAGCCGCGCGCUGCCACCGCGCCGCGAGGACACCGACGAGCCGCUGGCGCGCCUGCUGGCCGAGGACAGCGCGUUCGACGAGGUCGUGCCGAAGAAGGAGGACGGCGAGGAGCUCUUCGGCGAUGCGGUGCCCGGCGAAGACGCGGCCUCGCGCGCUGCUGCGGCUGCCGCCAGCGUCGCCGACGACGAGUGGCAGGGCGAGGCGGACGGCGCCGGCGCGCCGCUGCCCAGCCGGCUCGGCAAGGGCUCGCUCGGCGUCUCCUCGUACCUCUCCUCGCCCGUUUCUCCCGCUGGGCGCAAGCCGCCGCCGGCCGAGGCUGCGCCGAGCGUGGCGCCCGAGCUGCUGGCGCCGCCGGCGCAGAUCCCCGCGCAGCCGCCGCUCGUCUUUGCCGACUACGUGAACCUCGUGGGCCUGCGCUACAUGCCGCGCCGCCUCGUCGGCUUCUUCAACGAGCGCGCCAAGGUGCGCGCCGGCGGCGAGGUGGCGCUGCAGCUGGCGCUCGGCACGGUGCAGACGGCGCGCGAGUUCGACGCCCCGGCGCAGCCGCGCGACGGCCCGCCGCCGCAGGGCGGCGACCUGGACUGGGGCCUGCGCUCCGACGACUUUAUCCUGCCGCGCUUCCGCAAGACGCAGAAGCUCGUCGAGAAGCAGCGCAAGGAGUUCUACGACGGCCUGCCUCGGCGUUUGCAGGACACGCGCAGCCUCGUGCGCGGCGAGCGCGAGGCGACCAAGAUGGAGACCAACGACCCGCCCAAGAGCGAGGCCGAGCUGCGCGAGGAGCGCUUCCGCAAGGAGCGCGAGUGGCGCAACACGCUCGAGGCGUACGAGGUGCUGCGCACCGAGCAGGGCGUGGCGUGGAGCGAGGCCUUCCGCGGCGCGCUGCGCGUCUUUGAG